AUUAAUUUAAAUUUAACAAAAAUUAUAUUUUUCAUUAUAUUAAUAUUUAGAACUUUAAUAUCAAUUUCAGCAUCUAAUUGAUUAUCAAUAUGAAUAGGAUUAGAACUAAAUUUAUUUUCUAUUAUUCCUAUUUUAAAUUUUAAAUCAUCAAUUUAUUCAAUUGAAGCUACAAUAAAAUAUUUUUUAAUUCAAGCUUUUGCUUCAAUCCUAUUAUUAAUCUUUUUAAUUAAUAAAAAUUUUUUUUUUUUAAAUAAUAGAAAUAUUAUAAUUAUUAUACCAUUAUUAAUAAAAUUAAGACUAAUACCAUUUCCCUUAGGAUUACCUUCAAUAAUAGAAGGAUUAAAUGGAAUGGCAGGGUUACUAAUAAUAACAGGACAAAAAAUUUCACCCCUUAUUAUAAUUUCAUAUUUAAAUACUAAUAAAAAUUUAAUUUUUUUAAUUACUUUAAUUUCAAUAAAUUCAAUCUUGGGUUUAAACCAAAACUCUAUACGUAAAAUUUUAGCAAUAUCUUCAAUUAAUAAUUCUACAGGAAUAUGGUUGGCAAUUUUAUUAAACAAUAAAUUAUGAAGGAAUUAUUUCGUAAUUUAUUCAAUAUUAAAUUUUUUAAUAAUUAAAAUUUUAAAUAAUUAUAAUAUUAACUAUAUUAAUCAAUUAAAAUUUUUUAAUUUAAAUUUUUUUUUUAAAUUAAAUAUAAUAAUAUUAAUUUUUUCAAUUAUAGGUUUACCACCUAUAAUUGGAUUUUUAAUAAAAUGAAUAUUAAUUAAAAAUUUAAUUUAUAAUAAUAUAUACAUAAUUAUAAUAAUAUUAAUUAUAUUAACUAUUUUAAAUUUAUUUUUCUAUAUUAAAAUAUCUUAUUUUAUAUUAUUUAAUUUUAACUUAUUUAAUAAAUGAUAUCUUCAAUUUAAAAAAAACAAUUACAAUUUUUUUUUAUUUAUAAAUUUUUUUAGAUUAUUCUUUAGUUACUUAAUUUUUUAUUAA